AUGGCACAAGGAGGUAGUAAGCCUCCUGCCUGCACCAAGUAUGGUAGAAAUCACCCUGGUGUUUAUCGUGAGGGAUCCACGGGUUGCUUCAAGUGUGGUCAUACUAGGAAUUUCAUGAGGGAGUGUCCAAAAAACAAGCAAGAUAGUGGUAAUUGGGGAAACAGAGCUCAGUCUUCAUCAGUUUCUCCACCAGACAAGGAUUCACCCAAAGAAACUAGUUCUGGUGCUGGCAAAGGAACAAACCGCUUGUAUGUUCUCAAACAUCUCCAAGAACAUGAGAAUUUGCCAUACAUUGUCACUGGUAAGAUUCAAGUCUUUGACUUUACUGUUUAUGAAUUGCUAGACCCAGGAGCGAGUUUAUGUUUUGUAACUCCAUGUGCUGUCAUGAACUUUGACAUUAUUCCUGAGCAACUUAGUGAACCAUUCUUUGUUUCCACACCAGUUGGUGAAUCCAUUCUAGUAGAAAGGGUCUACCGUGAUUGUCCUGUCUCCGUCAAUCACAAGAGUACCAUGGUUGACUUAGUUUAG